CAAAGUCUCCAUUCCAUAAACACUCCCCCUCUUUUGUCAUCUUUCUUUUGUCAUUCAUCGCUCCUGCUGUUUCCCUUGCUGCCUAUUGUAAUGUCCCUCUACAUUUACCCUUCUCUUUCUUUCUCUUUGUUUUUUCCUCUGUUUUGCAGUCCUUUAUAGACAACGCACACCACCUUUUUUUGAAUGGGUUUUGCUCAUCAAGCAUCUUCUUUAUUCCGUUCUCCUCCCCUCCUAAUAUUCUCCUACAUUCCCUCUAAUCAUCGCAAAAGAAGUCGAACCCACAAGUUGUUUCGCAAAAAUAAUGCGAUUUGUUUGAUAUUCGCUCGUGAAAAGUAGCUUCAUGUGAGGUAGAUUCUGUUAUCAGCAGAAAUGGCAUCAUCUUUGGAGGACCUUCUUGUAGAGGAAGGGUUUAGAGGAAGAAGAUCAGGGAUGACAUCAAGAGCUUCAUUCCGAGCAGAAGCUGUGAUUAAGUCUCUUCACCCUUCUCGAGACAAAUCAAAGACCUACUCUCCAUCAGGUCUAUCAGGCCGCAGAAUUAAGACUGAAAGGACCAGAUCUGAUGUUUCUCGAUACGUUUUGAGAGGUGAAUUGCCAAGAAGUGAUAGUAGCUUAAGCAGGAGACCUAGGGAUAAUCUGGUUUCAAGGGAAAAAAUAGAUGGAAAAUCAAAGAUAGAAACCUGGGAAAGACCUGUCCACCGAGUUUCAAAUGAUGUCCAGAAUAAUAAGACACUUAAUUCAGAAGAUAGUGAUGGCUGUGAAAUAACUGAGAUUGGUGUGGAAGAAGAUGAGAGAGUUAAGGAUAUAUAUUCUGAUAGAGCAUAUAAUUCAGAGACGAGUGAGAAAUCCGCUGAAGGAAAUAGGUGGAAGCAGAUGUACAUAGAAAAGAAAGGAAACAAUAUAAAAGUAGAUCAGACAGGAAGUAGCAAUUCUAACAAAAAUUUGCUAAAAUAUACAGCAUUUACUGAUAGCAAUAAGAAAAGCAUGAGACAGCCUGAUCCAUCUUACGACAGUUCCAUUAGAAGUUCCAAGAAUGCCAAGAACUUUGAAGAUGAUCAGGGAAUGAAGCAUGAGAAUCUUUCACUUCCAUUUUCUAAACUUGCUCUUGAUGAAGUUGCUGUCAGAGCCAUGGUCUCCAUCUUAAAUGGUUACAUUAAGCGUUUCCUGAAAGAUGAGGAAUUCCGUAGCACGCUUUGUCACAAUUGUUUCUCUUCCCUUAAUUUUAUGGAAAAUGGACAAGACCACAACAUUAAGAGCAAAGUCAUUACCAAUCUUGAACAAGCAAUUGACAUAGUGGAAAAGGCUACUGAGGAGGCUGCAAGCACAAAGGAUUUGAAAAAAGCUUCACUGCAGCUACGCAUGAUCACAAGUUUGAACUCGAAUGGUUUGAAAGAUGGAUAUACAUCAGGAAUUCCGAAUUCCAGGCUGUCAGCUUGUGCUCAUCUUUACCUCAGUGUGAUAUAUAAGCUACAGAAGAAGGAUAGGGUUUCAGCUAGAUAUCUUUUGCAAGUAUUUUGUGAUUCUCCAUUUCCAGCUCGAACACUUUUGUUGACUGAACUGUGGGACUAUCUUUUUUUUCCACAUCUUUCACAUUUGAAGGGAUGGUACAAUCAGGAAGCUGAUUCUCUUCUGAACACACCAAGCAAGAUGAGGAAACUUAAACUUCUUGACAAAGUUUAUAAUGAAAUUCUGGAUUCCAGUACUUACCAGCUGGCAGUUUACUACAAGGACUGGCUUACUGAGGGGGUUGAAGCCCCUUCACUUCCUUCUAUACAUAUCCCUACCUUGUCUGUUCAGGAAGUUCAGCAGGCAGAUUCACAGGAUCAUUCUUCAGGUCUCAGUAGAUCUUCUGAUAAUUUCUCACCUCAGCCAAUGGUUAGUAAGAAGCUGUAUGAAUCUGUAUUUGGCCAUUCAAGUAAACCUGAAGCUGAAUAUGAUGGGGAGGCACAUAACUUCAAUAAUGUUGCAACAUCCUCUGAUGGUUCUGCUGCUGAAGUCAAACAAACAUUGACAUAUCCUUCAGAAAUUGUUAAAUAUCUGGAUCAGGAUAUGGGCAAUGAUUACUGCAAGAAUGAAGAAGAUAACACAAUCCUUUCUGAUCAUGGGCUCUUAUCAGCAUCUAAGGAAGAAUGGAAGUUGAUUAAAGUGAGUGCUUUUCUAGAAGCUGACAUCAAUGGUGAGAGGUGUAACUCUAAUGGACAAGAAGAAACUGCAGGAGAUGGUCAUAUGGUAAACACGUUUUCACAUACAAAAUCAAAUGAGUUGAUCCUCAAAAACCUAGCAAAAUCGGUUUUUGAACUGCAACAAACUGAGGAUUCUGGUGAUCUAACUGUUUCUGCUCUUUCACACGCCAGUGAGCCUGUCAAUGCAUUGGAUUCUUAUGAAGAGUUAGAUGGAACCUAUGAAUAUUUUGAUAAAGGAUCCUUUCUUGCAAGCAUACCUGAGGACUUCAUUUGUCCCCUCUCUGGAAAGUUAUUUGAGGAACCAGUGACCCUGGAGACUGGACAAACCUUUGAGAAAGAAGUUAUCAGGGAAUGGUUUAAUCUGCGAAACAGAACAUGUCCUGUAACAGGGAAAACUUUGGAAUGUCCAACUGUGCCAUUUACCAAUUUUAUUUUGAAGCGUAUUAUUGAUGGUUGGAAAUUGGAGCAUUGUAGUCAUCUAUUGGCUCUUGCCUCUCAAAUAUUUAGGAAUUCAGGAAAGCAUGACUCAAGGCAAAGGGAUGAAACCGCAAUGCUUAUAUUAGAGAGGCUUCUUACUACUUUCAGAAGGAAGGAAAGAUUAGCAAAUGCCAAACACCUUGUCUCUAUAGGAGGCUUGGAAUUUCUUAUUAGGCGGAUUAAAUUGGGAAAUGUGGAAGAGAAAACGCAAGUGGUAGCUUUCUUAUCCUGUUGUAUCGAAGCAGAUGGAAGUUGCAGAAAUCAGAUAGCCCAAAAGAUUGAUAAACAGUGCCUCUUUGAGCUACUCCAUAGCAAGCAUCCUAAUUCUAGAAGAAAUGCAGUGUUUCUGAUGACUGAAUUACUUUGUCUUAGCAGGAGGAAGGAUGUUAAAUUAUUUUUAAGUGGGUUGCGGAAUGAGGAGAUAAUGAAUACAAUGCACAUGUUGCUCAUGUAUCUUCAAAAUUCUCCACCUGAGCAAAGGCCCUGGGUUGCUCUACUUCUUUUGCAUCUUGAUCUUUCGGUUGAACCUCAGAAGUAUAGCAUAUACAGAGAGGAAGCUGUUGAUGCCAUUGCAGCAGCGCUAGAAGAUAGUUUAACUGAUGAGAAGAUCCGAGAAAAGUCUUGCAGAGCUCUUCUUGCCUUGGGAGGACGUUUUUCUGCUUCUGGGAAGUCAUUGACAGAAAGUUGGAUACUAAAGCAAUCAGGGUUUAACAAUAAUUAUGAAAUGAAUUCUCAAGAAUACAAUUUAUCACUUGAUGACUCUUUUUUAUUGGAAGAUGAAGAAACUAUCGAUGAGUGGCUCAGGAACUUGUCAACAUCUUUACUUGGUAAUGGAAGGAAAUCAUUCUUAGAGGUCAUUUCAAAGUGCUUAGCUUCUGGAAACUUAGAUUUAGUGAAGGCAUGCCUAACCACUAUUGCAUGGUUGAGCUGUGCACUUUCUGCACUAUCUGAUGCCGAGUUCCACCUCUCUGCCUUCUCCGCCCUCAUAUCUAAUCUGAAAGAAAGCUUGGAAAAUGGUCACCGGAUCGAGCACAAGGUUCUUGCUUCAAUGUCAUUGCUUAAUUUCAGUAAGAUUCCAGAAUGCAGGGUUUUGUUAAUGACAAUUGCAGAAGAGAUUGCAGUUCCACUGCAAAGCCUGGUCGAAUCAACAUGGACAGCCAAGCAAUUAUAUGCCAUCAUUUCUGGAGAAUAUGUUUAGCUAGUUAGGCAAACAUGCUCUGCAUCAACAAAAUGUAACAAUUUUUUCUAGCUUUAGCUCUUCUUUUGAACUCUGAAGUUUUAGUUAUAUCAAGGGUCAUUAGAUUAUUAAUGAUAGCAUUGAAGCAGCAAAUAUUUUGGAAGGAAAGGGGAAUACUGACAUCCAACAAUAAAAAGGAGAUCACGAUGUUGAUACUAUUACCAGCCUUAGAGAAUGCUCAGGACAAAGAAUGCUUUUCUAAAUUGUAAAAUAACUGAAUUGCCUUGGAGUUACUGGUUCUGUUUAAGGUAAAUUACAAAAGUCCAUCAAAUUUCGCUUUUUAUAAUAGUUUAGCCUACAUAGAUUUAAUAUUUGUAACAAUUUAAUUUCUCGAAUUUAUAUUGAUUGCUUCAAUGUAACAUAAUGACUAUUCUAUUAACAAAAACAUACUUUAGAGAUUAA